CGCGACGCACGAUCGCGUGGAUUUUUCUUGGCUCCGUGGCACGUUACACGCCUCGACGUACGUCGGUUCCGUCGCACGUUCGCGCGCUACCCUCGUCUACCUGUUGUUCGUCGGCCCAGUUUUUCCAGCGUGCCCGAUUUUUUUCCUCGCCACGAACGCCGACUUGCGCGACCCGCGUCUCUCGGUGUGCCUCGUCCGGAUUACCGGGUUCCCCGAAAUUUACUGCGCUGGAUUCAACGUCGCCGACCGUUUGCCAGGUCUGAAAGGAUUAACGCGACGUAAGCCCAGGUAUCCUGAACUCUAAUAACAGUGGCAGAGCGGGGAACAGGUCCAUAAGCUCCGGGAUUUUAGAGCUUGCUGACCCCCAGGAGGACAACACUAAUCCAUUACAACUUGGCGAUGAUGUAACGGGACUUUCGCUGUCGCUGCAGUGUAAGCAACGAUGUCCACGCAAUGCAGCCGCUUCGUGCAGAACGCCUGGAAGAAGGAACUCUGUUCGAACUGCUUCAAGCUGCGAGAGGAGCACACGCUGCCGGAAGAGACGCUCAGGCUGAACAUCGGCAGGGCUUUGACGCACGUCAAGACUGAUAAUAUUAAGAUACAGGGCAUCCUCCGCGCCAGGACGUCCAGCCAUAAAGAGCAGAAGAAGAAGAGCGUCGCGUUCCCGGAAUGCCUGACGGUGAUAAUCGGCUACGGUGGCGAUGACCUGCCCUCCGACACCGAGGAGGACGACGAGCAGGACUUCGUGGAGUCGUUCAACGACGACGACGCGGUGCCCGACAGCGAGGAGGAACGAGCCCUUGGGAACCUGACGCGGGCCAACACCAGCUUCAACACGAUCACCGCGAACCUGACGGAGGUAGUGCCGGCGCCAGAGACGAGCAAGUCGUCGGCGGCGUCGAGAUCCUUCGCUUCCCUGAUGCUGGGAAGGAUACAGAAGGACUCGGAGGGCAAGAAGACCACGCUGCUGGUCUCGGUGACGCCGUUCGGCGGCGACGAGUCUGUGCCCACGGCGAAGAGGCCCAGCGACAAGAAGAUCAACGGGUUCGUCAACGGGUUCUCCAGUCCGUCCAAGCACAAGCCCGCCGAGAGCAUCGAUAAAUCCGAGAUAACGCUGAAGAGCGUGAAGAAGACGGACGUCGAGGCCAAGAGGGACGAGAGGAAGGAGCAGAAGCGUCCCAUGGGCAUGGAGAAGAUCGCGGACAUGCCUCUGAUCGCGUCCAGCAAUUUCGUCUCUGUCGUCCAGAGGGACUCCGGCGACUUCGACGACGCGAAGGAGAAAACGAUCGAGGCUGGCGUGGAAAACCCCGAGAGGAUCCUGGAGCUGGGCAAACCGGACAAGAGGAUCAGCGUGCCCCGCUGUUCGAUCAAGAAACCAGAUUCCGACAAGUUGAAAGUCUCCGUGCUGGGUUCUCAGAACUAUACCAAGGUCGAUUACGAGCUAGCCGGACCGACCAAGAGGUCCCCGGAGAUCUUCGGGUCGAAGCACGGCGGAUCGAACAGGGGCAUCGAGUUGACGUUGACGCCUCUGUCGAAGCACGACAACGAGAAGCCCGAGAGCGACAGGUCCAUGAUUCGCGAACAGGAUAAGAUCACGGUGACCGCCAAGAACGAGGAUUCUCCAAAAGCGUGCACACCGGAGAGUGCAAGGACGGAGAAGAAAUUCAGUUUCGAGGAGAGUCGCGAACUGGCUGGCGAACCCGACGGGAGAGCGGACGAGGAGGAAGUGACGGAACCACCCGCGCUUCCGAGAAGCCCGCCACCCGUCGAAACUAGGCCUUCUUUUCAGACAGAGAGCCACAACAAGCUGUCAGUUAUAGCUACGGAGCCACGACCGUCUUUCCUGCAUGGGGCAGUCCAUCAGGAGCCCAAGGUCAAGCCAGCGGUGCCCCAAAAGCCGGUCAAUUUCUCAUCUAAAAGUAGUGGGCCGUCGGACGGAAACGUGCAGACGAAGAAGGACUACGUCCUGCCACCGCCUUCGGUUCAAAAUGCUGGCAAACCUGCUCAAACUUCGGGUACGAGUCUCCCUACGCGAGACACAAGUCCCACCCGACCAACCGCCAAAGACAAGACCGAGGAGCCUCGAACUCCAACUCUCGAGCAGGGUCGCGGGCCGUGCGACGAGAUUGCUCCGAAGGAGGACCAUCGGGUCAGCCAGAUCCCGCGGAGUGUCGGCAAGUUCGCGUGCCAGGAAUUCGAAUUGUUAACGAAACCGUCGGAGUCGAGGAUACCUCAAGUAGCCAAGGGGAAGGGUUCUUUGAAUAUGGCCAGGGGUCAGACCGCGGACGGCGGGGACAACGAAACCCUGGCGGUCGAGGAGGACCUCCAGGAUGUUCAGUGCGCGUCGACGGAAUCGAUACGUUCGCCGAGCAAAAGAAGAAUGGCCCCGAAACCACCGGCGUCGGAUAUCGUUGAAGAAUUAACACCCAGCGCCUCGUUGUUCGCCAGGAAUCCUGGGGCUACCUUCAAGUCGGACUCGCCGGUGGUCCGCGAGAAGGAGAAGAGGGAGAGGGCGUCGUCUUGCAGUCCAAAGUUCAGGAAGGCCGUCUCGGAGUUGCCUGACCCCACGACCGCUCAAACGGUGGAUCCGGCGUCGAGGAGGACGAUAUCUCUGUCGCAGGACAGCCUGACGACCAGUCAAGAGGUCAGGGAGGAGAAGAAGAGAAGCAGAUCGCGUUUCUCUUUGAAGAGAUUCCUCAGAAUGGGCUCGAGGAAGGACGUGGACAUGGUCGGGCACUCGGCCAGUUCGAGGAUCGAUGAGAUCCCGACCACGCCGCAGCCGAAGCCGCGAUUGGAGAUCAUUCAUCCGCUGGAACUGGACGGCGCUGCCGUCGAGGUGGUGGGGAACGAUCGGAUCAGCAGGAUAGGCGAAGAUCAACCUGAUUCCUGCGGUUCUAGAAACGACGCCGCUAGAGGAACUCGAUCGCCGUUGUCCACGGGAGCCCACGCGGCCGUGAGACCCGGAAAACCACCCCCACCGCCGAGGAACCAGUCCUUGGAGGAUUGGUCGCGACUGGAUCCAGUGAGCAAACCGGUCAGACCACCGCCGCCGCGCGUCGAGACCAAGCAACUGCCGCCGAGAAGCGACAAGUCGUCCACCUCGUCGUCCUCCUCGUCGUCGUCGUCGUCGUCGUCCUGGCAGCCGACAGCCUCGACGACCUCAGACUCGAUUUACGCGAAUCUGGCAGCGGAGGAUGUUACAGGUGAGGUGCGCAGCUCGUUGGCACCCUCGAAACCUCAACGUACCGCCAGCAUGAGGGACCAGGCUACCUCGCAGCCGAUCGUCAAGAAACACGGCGCUUCCAACUCGGCCCUCAAUCAGGAUUACGAGGCCGUAGCUGUUACCGUGCCACCCACGUCCGAUUCUCUGACGUCUAACGACAGUCAUGUUUACGAGUGCCUUUCCAGCUCGCCGGAAUGCGAUUCGAAUCUCGAGCUACGGCACGGGGGCGUGUCUCAUCUCACCUGCAAGCGGAAAUCGGACAGCAACGCGAUGGAGCCGGCUGCGGAAUUCAAAUUCCAUCAUCAGACGUUCGUCAGGUCGACGUCGCUGCCGUAUUGCGGUAGCGAGACCGAGAGCGAACUUUACGCCCCGUACGGUUUUUACACCGGCGACGAGGGCCCCGAGGAGGAUCAGGACUGGAAGAGCAAGGACGACGAGCUGAGGAUAAGCCGAUUGAGGCAACGCAGGGGUCGCAGCAUAGUUCAUCGGAGCCUCGAGGAUAAUUACGGCGCCGUGGUGGUUGCGAAUCACGAAGCGCUGGCGCAGUUCCUCGACCAGCUGAACCAAACUCCUCAAGUGCCGGCGGGGCUGCGAGCCCUGAAAAAUACGAAUCCCCGUCUGAGCCACUUCAGCAUCGAUACCAAUACGUCGAUCGCCGCGGGUAGACGAAUAUUUUACUCGGCGACGUGGAACGAGCUGAACAUCACCCUCUGCGUCGCCUUCGAUCUGGCCACACACGUGUCAAGGAAGGAAUUUUAUUUGGCACCUAUAAUCGAGUUUAUAGACAGCGUACCGAAGGAAAUUACCGACAAGACGUGUCUGCCCGGGAACAAGCAACUGGAAGCGACCAUUUCCGUUCUGCCCCGGCUGCAAGUGAGCACGAUACAAUCGUUCGGGGUGGCGACGAGGGGUAUGCACGACGAAGGAACAGUCAGAGAAGCCUCUUUCGUGCUUCUUCAAUUCGUCACCGCGCUGAAGAGCCUCCAGGCGCGCGGAAUCGAGGAGUCGGCGAGGAGUCUGAACAACUUGGUUCUGUGCAGGGAGGACAAGGACGCCUAUUACAGGCUUUAUCUUCUUCAGGGAUUGAACGUAGACACGAACGAGGAACGGGAGGAGGAGAGGGUGUCGUUGUGCCAGUGCGCGUUAGUGGCGCUUCAGCAGCUGAAUCUGACGAGUAGGCUGCCAUUGAUUCAGGAAUUACUUAUGAGGGAGAAGGCCGUCACUCUGUCUCAGGUGAAGUCGGUCCUGGAAUUUUCUCUGUGGGGUCCCGCGGACGUGACGUUCGGUGGUCCACGGGAGAGGGAGGUCACCCUUCAAAGAUGGCUCGAUUUGGAGAGGGCAAACGUUCUCCAUGCCCUGGUCAGGACACGGGCUCCCCUCACCGUCAUCGACGAAUACCAAUUGCUAUUCUUGGUCCGAACCAGCGCGAAAAUUAUGGGCGAAGCGUCGCUGCUCUUGGACGAGCAGCGAGCACGCUUGGCCCGUGCUCGCUAAUCGUUCCCAAGCCUUGGAACAACCGAUGCCAAACCUACGAACAAUCUACAGGGUGUACUAUAAGCGCGGGUAGAGCCUCGAGCUAACGGUUCUCCCAGAAGCGGAGGGGAAAGAAAUUAGUUUGGUUCUCGUCCGGUAGUAAUAUAUGAGAUUAAUUUAAAGAACAACGUAGGGUAAGUAAAGAAAAAAUUAUAGUUAGCGUACGUUAAAGGCGAGGUACGGUUGGUGUUAUUAAUACGAACGUUGCGUAUGGUUGGAGAAAGUGUUUAGAUAAUGGGAGUUGUGGACGAUGGUGUUCUGCUGUUGUAAAUUAAAACAAGUGUCAAAGAUGAUGGACGAGUAUUUGCAGUUGUGCGCAGUUUGGUUUCCAAUAAUUAUUCCAAGCACGUAGUCCAUGGUUAUAAAUCAUUUUCCCCCAGGCUGGAUUAAGUGGAAUUAAUUUAGCAGACUAAGAUGGAAGAAAUUGAUCUGUGAAAAACCUAAAAAAAAGAAUUAUGAGCCACCCUAGAAAUUGGCUCAUUUUCGAUAGAAUUUUAUACAAAUUUUAUUAAUAUCUUUGUUUUAUAGUAUUGAAAUUUACUUGAACUGUUGCUCAAAAUGUUUUAAUUGAUCUGAAAAGUUCAAGACCAAAUCGUGUAAUAUUUAGUCUGAAUAUCUCAAAAACUAUUCCACACGCUCAUGAAUUAUUCACUGGGAUAUGUUUCUUAAUUUUUGUGGGUCCAAUUGGCCAGUUAAGUCUUCGCCUAUAUUUCCCCUAUACUCUGUGUCUAUUUAUUCGAUGUGAGAGGCGCUCGAACGCGGUCGCGAAUGAUAUUUUUCGAACGAUAAAGCGACGCGUCGGAGACGUAUGUAGUUAAAAUUGAACGAUAAUGGGAGCUCAUUGGUCGCUGCGAAUGAUGCUCGCGGAUACUGUUAUCGCGAGUCGUAGAAAUUUAAGUACGUGCCAAUGUUCGAUCAAAGUGUGCGAUCGCGCGGGAGGGCGCAUAAAAACGGGAGUGAUUGAUCGUUCGUCGUUCGAAGAUUCUCCGGUGUGUAUGUUUUUUGUACGUAAUUAUUUCCGAUUGUCGUUAACGACGAUAGCGUGUAAUCGUAUCAAAUAUUUGUAUAAAUAAAUGCCCGAUAACGA